AUGAAACGACAACCAUGUCAUCUUGAAGUGGAGGAUGUUGAAACAUUUGAUCGACGAUAUGGCACAGAACCCCAAGAAGAUGAAACUCCUCGUAAGCAUGUAUCUAGUGACAGAGUAACCAUCCCCAAGUACGAUGCUACCAAACAAGAGAAAACAGAAAGACGGAAACAUCCUAAGGAUGUUAACAUUGGUCGCAUUGUGAUUGAAGAACCACGAGAUGAAACAAUCAGGGUUGGUAAACUCGACUUGCGUGAUGUUGAAAAAGAGAUCUUGGAAUCCAGGAAAACAAAGGAAACAUUGAUAACGCAUUCAGAGCGAAUAGAUCACAGUCGCAAGUUCGUGACAGACCAACACAUUGCGGAAGAUACUAAGAUUGAUAUCAUUGACGAAAGGAUGCAGAUGGAUACACGACCAAAAGAUCAAAUUAAUAUCGGCACUCAAAAGGCAACAGAACCUCGUUUGAUAACAGAUAAGAUUGACGGAGGACAGAUAAUUGACGAAAAACCUGAAGAAAAGAAAAUAUUUGAUCCAUCAUUGGGUCUGGAUGCUCCUCGUGGACACGAGUUUGUCACGGAUUCUGUUUGGGAAGAAAGCAUUAAACCCUUAGAGGAAUAUCCCAAGGAACCAGAACAAACCGAAAAAAAAGAUGUGAAGUCAGAAGCUAUCACUAUAACCAAAGAUGACCGUUCUAAAGUCCAAGAAAACGUCCGUGUAUCUUUACAGAAAAUGGAGGCGCACGAGAAAAAGGAGGAUGUUAAAGUCCGAAGAUUCAAAAUAGACGAGUCGCGUGACGUUCAUGGUGUAAAGAAACUCAAGGAAUCUGUGAAAGAAAAACAGAGUAAGGAGAGACCUCAAAAAGCAGAACAAAAGCAGAGAGGAAAACGGGAGGAAAAACCAAGCAGAAAACCAGAGGAAACGAAGCAAGCCAAGCCAAAAGAUUUAAUCGAAAAGCAAACACAAACAAAGGAAAGAAUUGACGAGCGUGACAAGAAAAUAGCGUAUUAUGAAAAGAAGGAAAGAGAACGGUUACAACGAGCACACGAGAAAAGACGAUAUAAAGAAGAAAGAUAUCAUAUGAAAAAAGCUUCAUCAGAUCCAUGGAUCCAUACCAGAAGACAUGAACAACAAGCACCGACUGAAAUAACUGCGACACAAGAGAUUCGCGAAGACCCGCGAAGCAGCUAUUUUGAUGGAAGAUACGAAACAGAAGUUCGUGGAAGGUCGGCGACUCUACCUUGGAUUGAAAUUCGCAAACGAACCGAAGCCGAGAAAGAACGAAGUUUAGUAAGCAGAAAGAGUCGCCAUGGCUACCAGUUAACACAAGAAUCCACAGGGCGAGAUCGUCUCCUUCUUUUAAAAAUACCACAGAAGAUGUUCAUCUCCAUGCAAAAUGGCGAGCAAAGCAAGGUAAAAGAGAUAGAUAUUCCAUGGAUGGAGAUAGAAGCAACUCCGGAUCAUGACAGCGAGGCAUUACCGUGGGUGGAACUGGAAGCUCAUGAUCCAAAAACGGGAAGAGAUCGUCUCAUCAUGUUGAAAAUACCCAGAGAUAUGGUCCUCAAAACAUCCAAAUCAUCCAGGAGUUCAGAGCGUGAAAUACAACUUCGCUGGAAUGAUGUCACCAAGUAUUUUGAAGAGACUGGUCAAAUUCCUCUUGGUUCGUCCGUGCGUAUGCGACUUAAACACGAACCUACUGUUAGUAUCACGUUACCACGAGAGGCAAACACCAGUCGUUACCAGUCAACCUCGCAGCGCACAGUCUCUCACGAAGGAUUACCCACAAUUCGCCUGAUGAUGCCUAAAAAAUUUUAUGCAACAGGAUCAUGGCAGGAUGGACCGCUGAUCAAUUACAAUCCUGAUCGGCGCAUCAAGUUGCGAGUCAACCAACAAUCUAACUCGAAAACCGUUAAUGAAGACGUGCGCACAAUUCGUUUGAAUGAAUACGACAGGAAGACCAAUUACACGCCAGUAGCGUUAACACGUGAUUCGCCUCGUCGUGUUUUAUUGGCUGAUGGCACAACUUGGAAACGACUGGAUGUUAGUGAUCUCCGAGAAUUAGACGAAGAGACUGGUCAGUGCAAUCCUAGUCGAUUCCGUAAUGCUUACGAAAUUGGAAAAGAAUCAGAAGCCCAUAGUUUUCCAGAUCUGCGUAAGUUCUCUAAAGAAAAUGGCGGAACAAGUCGCGAAAAUCCGAAAAUAUUCAGCUUCUUUAUUCAUGGCAACAGUGACAAAAGGUGA